AUGGCUGAAGACGGCUUGCCAAAAAUUUAUUCUUAUCCUCCAACAGAAGGCAGUAAAACAACAAUUGAGGCAACCAUUCUCUUUGGGACUGAGAACACUAUUCCUAGAUCAGAAACAACUAUUACUUCAGAAGGACACCACAUUACUUCAGUAAAUGACUAUACACUAGAAAGUGAUUUUUCAACAACUAUAAGCAACAAACUUACAUCUCCCAAGGAAAGGCUAAAAUCAGAAGAUGUGGAGUCCACCUAUCUGGAGAAAGAAAUUACCACUUUGACAAGUACUACAAACUCCAUGGCUAAUAACUCUAUUACUGAAAAUUUCAUUCCAGUGAAAAUUGGUAAUAUCUCAUCACCAAUUGCUACUGUUUCUUUUAUAGAUUUUUCCACUAACAUGGCAAAAGAAGAUCUUCUCUUGGAUACCAGCCCUGGGGAUAAAUAUGCCUCAAUAACUUCUGAAGUCUCUGGCACUCUAAAGGAAAGCACCACCAGCAUUACUGACACCCCUGACCUUCCAUCUAAGUAUGGUGAACCUGAUAUUAACAAUUAUAGUCCCUUAGUUAAAGCCAGUGUCACUGCUUAUGAGGCUGUCCAGAUCAUUGAUUCCUGUGUUGCUGAGACUGAAAUUCCCGCUACUGAAAGACACUUUCCCACUAUUCCAGACAUAACUUCCCUUACAGAAGAGAAAAUAAUAGAAAUUCACUUGAAUCUUCCAGAGGAUGAUCCUGAUGAGGAAAAGAUCAUCACUGUGUUUGAACUUACUAACACUGUCAAAAUAGACAAAGAUGAUCCAGAAGAUAUUCUGCUAACCGAUAAAGAGUCUGCGGAUGGAGUAGUGUUUGCAAGGGGAGAGAUUGCCAAUGAAGCAGAGAACCAUCCCAUUUUGCUUACUGCUACUGAAUCCAGAUAUGACUUUGUUGUCCCUUUCCCUAACUCAGUACCUAUGAAGCUCACAGAAGAUUCAUCUAUCACAAAAAAAGAAGAUUUGUCUGAAAAUAAUAACAUGGAACCUGUAACUAAAGACAUGAAGGCAUUUUCCAGAACUCUACCUGACCUAGGUACCACAAAUCACAAGGAAGACACUGUUACAACUGAAAUCGGUAUCUUUAAACUACUGUAA